CUGCAAAAUAUAAUUUCAAACCACAUUCCGAGGUCCCUUUUCGCGUGGAGAGCAUCGUUACCUCCUAAUCUCACGCUCCCUGUCCUAAAACCCCCCACCAAAACCCCAGCGUUUUCCGAAACUCGACGCUUAAUUACUUUACUUUUUCUUCGUCUCUCCCAACCAAAAAAACCACAGAUCCACCCCUUCCGACACCUCGCGAGCUUCGUCGACCAUGGCGAGCGCUCUACGCCUCCUCCUCCUCCGCUCUCCUCAUCCUCCGCCGCAGCGGCGCUUUUCAUUCCCCUCCCUCUCCCUCGCCUCGCGCUCCUACGCCGCCGCGGCGAAACCCUACCCCUCGCCCUCGAAGCCGAGGGAGAAGGAGAGCCCCGGCGCCGAACCAGAGCCGUCCGAUGAUGACGCGGAGAGCGCACCGACGGAGGGGAUCAGCAGGCCCCUCUCGGAGAUCCUCAAGGAGCUGGGGAAGAAGGUCCCCGACUCCCUCGUCAAAACCCGCGUCGAAGAUGGUUUCCCCAUCAGAUACAUCCCCUGGCAUAUUGUCAAUAGAAUCUUAAAUCUGCAUGCUCCUGAAUGGUCUGGUGAGGUACGCAACAUUGUUUAUUCAUCUGAUGGGAAGUCCGUAUCAGUUGUUUAUCGCGUGACUCUUUAUGGGACUGAUGCUGAGAUCUACAGAGAAGCAAGUGGAACAGCAUCUGUUGAUGAUACGGGUUACGGAGACCCUGUGCAGAAGGCAGAGGCAAUGGCCUUCCGCAGAGCUUGUGCACGUCUCGGUCUCGGGCUUCACCUUUAUCACGAAGACAUGUCAUAGAAUGCGCCAUUAUCUCGGUAUGCAAUUUUGAAAGUUUACAUGACUCAGACAUGCAUAUAUAUACUUAUUAGCGCAUACCAUUUUGCAAUGGACUGUUUAUUGUCUGAAUGUAAGAAUUGGCUGUGUUUAACUCUGUAAAACUUAUUAUUGUAAAAUGGAUCAAAGGAUUUAUCAAUGUAAGCUUAUUGAUGCAAGUACAGUUUUCUUAGACUA